AGACAGACAGACAGGCAGACAGACAUAAUAUACAUACAUACAUACAUACAUACAUAUGCUAAUAUACACUUUGUCUUCUAUUCAUCGCUUCCCUUUCUCUUACGCAACAUAAUCGAACACACAUACACACGCGCUACGGAGUGCACAUGUAUCAAUUAUAUUACCCUUAGAAAAUAUAUAUCGUAUAUAUCUGACUCAUCCUCAAGACAACAAAAACCUUCCUCUUCCCUCUCUUCAUCUCUCUCUCUUUCUCUCUCUCACUCUCUCUCUCUCUCUCUCUCUCUCUCUCUCUCUCUCUCUCUCUCUCUCUCUCUCUCUCUCUCUCUCUCUCUCUCUCUUUCUCCCACUACAAUCUGCAUCUUUCAGCUUAAUCGGUAUUUCGAUUUCUGUAAAUCAUGUGCAACGCUGGUGAAUAACGUUUAUUUUUCAUCACAAACAAAAUUUCUUUAAAUGUUUACAAGCCAAUGACUAUCAACAACAGCUACUGAAAAGAAGGGAAAAGGAAAAAAAAAACAAACAGUAGGAAAAAAAGAAACAAGAAAAAAAAAGAAAAGAACAGGAAUAUAUAUAUAUAUAUAUAUAUAUAUACCAAUUUUGGCCAUUUAAUCUAUGAAAUUCGUCUGGUAAAUUUCUUUCACCGACGGAAUAUCUGAUUUCUCAAGAAUUCGCUAACCACAAGAAUGGUAUCUUAAAUAUGGUUGUUGAUCAAUUUUCCUUGUAAAAAAAAAUUAUAAUUUACUAAGGAUGGCAGUUCCAAAGCCGAAACAUUGUCAGCACUCGUUGGAAGACAAGAAGGAGAAACAGUUGUAGGCUUUUGGACAAAAAUCAACAGAGAAAAUGCCUGAAUCUGCCGAAGGUGACUGGUCUUUAAUUGAAGCCGCCAGAGAUGGACGUCUUUCAAAUGUUCAAGAGUUGUUGGAAAGCAAAUGUGCUAAUUAUAUCCACCGUGACCAAUCAGGUCGGACACCUUUACAUUAUGCUGCUGAAAAUGGUAACCUACAGAUAUUGUGUUUGCUCAUUGAAGCUAAUUUUGAUAUAAACGCUAAAGAUAACCAAGGUCAGACACCUUUGCACAUAGCUUGCCACUAUCGACAAUUGGAAAUAGCAACUUGCCUGAUCGCUCUAGGCUGUGAUGUUAAUACGUGCGACAUUCAACACAACACACCACUGCACCGUGCCACACGCUCAAAUCUCGAUCAGUUGGUAUCUGUGCUUUGUGAAUGUGGUGCGUCAGUGAAUGCUCUUAACUGCUGUCAAUGGUCACCAUUAUAUGAAGCUAUUCGAAUUGGUAAUGAAACCAUAAUAUCUUGCCUGCUUGACUAUGGCGCUGACAUCAACUUAAUACAAAGAAACAACAUGUCACCUUUCCUUACAGCAAUAUUUUACCACCGAAUUGCAUCGCGGAAUAGCUACAACAUAAGUUCGAUUCUGAAAUCUUUCAUUCAAUACGGCAGUCUUCUGAGUCACAGUGACGGUGUCUGGUCCCAUUUAUCAGCUGCUGUUUCCAUUGAUCAGACGGACGUUGGUAUCAUACUUAUUCUAAACGGAUGUCGCAUUGAAAAGCGUGGACGUUACAGUCGCAGUCUUCUAGUUGAUAUGUUUGAUCGGUGUGAAACCCGAUUAGUGAAACUUUACGUUUUAGCCGGAUAUCCGGUGACUUGGGAUGAAAUUGAUCAAUGUUCACGUCGUGUACCCAGCUUCUCUCGUUCAUUUAUGAGACUCGUCCAACCGGGUUCGGACAUUUCAAGUGCCAGACGACACCUUCUCGACUGGUUACGUAAACGUAUUAAAACACCUUGUACACUCAGUGAAAUGUGUCGAACCUCAAUUCGUUCUAAAUUAAAUGAAGUCAGUGGAGACACAAACAUCAACCCAUUCAUUGAGCGGUUGCCAUUACCUAAAUCUAUCAAAGCCUAUAUAAGUAUGUCCGAUUGGAUCUCAGAAAACUUGUCUUGAUAAUAUUAAUAGAAAUUUCUGUGGACUCAGCUCAAGGCGAGAUUUUGUAGGAAUGGAAUUUAGUCUAUUAAAUUGACUACUGUAUAUUACUGGUGCUUAUUUUAUGAAACCAGAGGUGAUGAGUAAAAAAAUAAAGUUGCCACCUGUGGAAUCUGAGGUCAAAAACAAGAAGCGCUGCACUAAAUACUAUAAAACAUUUAUUUCGGCGUUAUACUGUUUGUGCUAACAUAACGGAUGUAAAAUAUUCAUGCAAUGACAACAGCAUGACCAUAAUUUAAUCGAUGUGAAUAUUAAGUUUUAUUUUUGUAUGGAUAUAUAUUUAUACUUAUGCUUGUGUUUUUGACAGUAUUUUCAUUUCAUUUACUGAUUUUGGUUUACCUCGACGAUUGCGUCAGCAAAAUAAAACAAAUAUGUUGGGAAAAGAAA